CCGCUGCACAUGAUUACUAUCUGAGGGCCGCAGGGAGAGGAGAUAGUGGCGGAGGAGGAGGAGGAGAGAAAAGAGAGAGAGGACAGUCAUACACUUCCCAUCAGACACCCACACACACGUUCUCACAUACGCUGCAUACACGUCGGAGCACCUGCUUUGCGAUCACUCUGUCUGUGGAUCUGCUCCUGACGGCUCUCAGUGCCGAGAUGACUUCCUGUGGCGUGCUGCUGCUGGCUCUCUGUCUGGCCGCACUAACAGGAACCACUGCUGUUGCUGCUGCGUACGAGCGGACUGAGAGGAACUGCUCCGCCUCGCCUCCUUACCUCCCCACCACAGCAGUUAAUACCACUCUCCGGCUUCAGGAAUUACGAGUGCAAAUGCUUCUCCAGAAUAUCUCUGCCUACAUUAUUCCUGGCACUGACUCUCACCUGAGUGAGUAUAUUGCACCACGUGAUGCCAGGAUGGCCUUCAUGACCGGCUUUACAGGCUCCGCAGGCACUGCUGUGGUCACUCAGACAAAAGCAACUCUGUGGACAGACAGCCGCUACUGGGUGCAAGCUGAGAGACAGAUGGACUGCAACUGGGAUCUGGAAUUUGAUGUGUCCGUCCGCAGCGUGGCAGUGUGGCUGAUCUCCGAGGUCCCACCGGGCGGCUACAUCGGCUUUGAUCCCUUCCUCUUCUCCCUCAAAACGCAGGGGGACUACAGUGUGGUCCUGGAGUCGACCAAUCGCAGCCUCAUGUCUGUCCCCGUUAACCUGGUCGACCAAGUGUGGACAGACAGGCCACCCGUCCCACCUGGCAACCUCACCCGCCUGCCCGACAGAAUCAUAAAAAGGUCCUGGGAGAUGAAAGUGGAGCACAUACGGAAUCAGAUAAGAGAUAAUCCAUACGAGCCGACAGCUCUUCUGCUGUCCGCACUGGAUGAAACAGCCUGGCUGUUCAAUCUGCGCGGCAACGACAUCCCAUACAAUCCCUUCUUCUACUCCUACACACUGCUUACAAUGGAUGAGAUCUGGCUCUUUCUCCACACAGAGAGAGUGACAGAGGAACUGAAGGUGUACCUGAACGCCACCUCAUGUAUACGGGGGCCCCUCUGUGUGCAACUGAAAAGCUACGACUCUGUCCGAGAGCACCUGCAGACGUACGUGGAUCAGCCUGGGGUUAAAGUGUGGAUCGGCACAGAGUACACAAACUACGCACUUUAUGAGAUCAUUACACCAGAGGAGAAGCUGAUGACAAGCACCUACUCUCCUGUGUUGACGACGAAAGCUGUGAAAGAUGAAACUGAGCAGCGUAUCUUGAGAGAUGCUCACGUGAGGGAUGCAGUCGCAGUCGUCCAGCUGCUGAUGUGGCUGGAGAAGGCGGUGCCGGAGGGGAAGGAGACCGAGCUGACUGCUGCAGCAUACGUCAAUAAAUGUCGCUCCAAACAGAAAGACAGCAGAGGCCCGAGCUUUGAGACUAUCUCUGCAAGCGGACCCAAUGCUGCACUUGCCCAUUACAGCCCUUCAGAAGAAACCAGCAGGAGGCUGACAGUUGAUGAGAUGUACCUGGUGGACUCCGGCGGUCAGUACCUAGACGGGACCACUGACAUCACUCGGACCGUUCACUGGGGAACCCCCACAGCCAUGCAGAAGGAGGCCUUCACUCGAGUGCUCAUGGGAAACAUUGAGAUAUCUCGAACCAUCUUUCCCUCAGGGACACGAGGUGUAAACAUGGAGAUGCUUGGUCGCCGUGCAUUGUGGGAGGUGGGCCUGAACUACGGGCAUGGCACAGGCCACGGUGUUGGAAACUUCUUUGGAGUUCAUGAGUGGCCGGUUGGCUUUCAGAGUAACAACAUUCCCUUUAGAAUCGGCAUGUUCACGUCUAUUGAACCUGGAUAUUACAAGGAGAAUGACUUCGGGAUCCGGAUUGAAGAUGUUGUUGUGAUCAAACCAGCAAAAACAAAGUAUGGUCAGAACUACCUGACCUUUGAGACGGUGUCGCUGGUCCCAUACGACAGAAAGCUGAUUGACACCUCACUUCUCAGCUCCGAACAGCUUCAGUGGCUGAAUAAUUACUACGAGACAAUCAGGAAGCUGUUGGGCGCUGAGCUGGACAAUCAGGGACUUCAUGAGGAGAAGAAGUGGAUGCUCAAACACACAGAGGCCUUCAUGGAGUCUGGAUCUUCUGCGUCCGUCUGCUCCUCCUCUCUGACUCUCAUCGCCCUGGCCGUCACUCUCCUCCACAACAUCAUCUAAUCUUCAUCUCUCUUGCACAUUAACAGCUGACUGGCGCACUAAUGUUACCCAUAUGCAGGCUCUAUUGAGCCGCUAAACCAGGUCGAGAGAUGCACUGUAAUUGAUCAUUUCAUUUAAAUUAAAGGAUAUAUUUGUUUGACGGUUUAA